GUACAUUUUUUUAAUGCAUAAGAUGCAGGUUAAGUCAUUCACAAGAUCUAUGAGAGUAUUCGUAAACUUUGGCGUAUCACAGUGGUUUAGGCUAAACGCCUUUCGAACAACCGGCCUCUGGUUGUAAAACUGAUAAACCAUUAAGGCAUUGUCGCACACAUGCAUGGUAUUUUAUUUAUUUAAUUCAUGUUUUAUAAUUUUUCCAACGUAAAAUAAUAUAUUAAUAUACAAUUAAUACUCGCCAUCAUUAAAAUUAUCAACCGAAAUUCUGACUAACUUGAAUUUUACGCACUUUUAGCGGGGCAAAACCUUUAACUUUUAAUAAUUUAUGUAUAAACGUCGAUGGUGACCAUAAUUUUGAUAACAUAAUUAAUGUAAAUAAAUUUUAUAAUAUUUCUUAAAACGACAUAUGAAAAGAAAUUCGCAAGGCGUUCGGCCUAUUUAAAUCAAAUUUGUCAGGUGUUUAAAAGAAAGUAUACCGUAUAAAAUACCACACUAUAGCGAGAUUUGCAAAAAGUCUGUAAUUAACCUAUUAAGUACUGUAAUCUUCUCCCGCACAGCUAGAACAUUGCAAUUGUUUAAGAUGCUAGACAUUUCAUUCGUGGGAAAAGUUGUUUUUAAAGCCCCCGAAACGGCCUUGCCCAAAAUAAAUACGCAUCAGAAACACAAUAUUUAAUCACACUGAGUCAAAAAAUUAAUAUGGACUAUAUGAAUAAUUGAAUAUAGCAAAAGAUAUUCGCAGUUUUUAAAUAGUCUCAUAAUUUUUUAGCUGAACAAGUCAGCCGGUAAAAGCACACAAAUACUCAAUAUAUCAAGUACAAUCCACGAUUUCAUUGGGAAGGGCAAUUUUCACUUUCCCACGUUUGAACGUACUUAUCACUUGCCCAUUUUCAGUCCACUUGCACAGCGACAACAAAUUUCCCAGCUGUUUAUGGAAGUUGUCUGCUGAUAAUAUGAGCCUGCACGAGUGGGAGAAAUUCCGCUAAUAAUAAUUAUAAUAUGGUAAAAUGCACUUUACCUAGAUUGAGUUGAUACAGAAAAACAGAUUCUUACGCCUGUAUUCUAAAAGCUCACUCACUAAACGCUCAUUGAGUGGGAGUUCUCAUUCCUCUCAUAACUUUUCCAGGACGGUAUUUUCAUUCAAACAGUAGCUUGAUUUAAUAUUUUACGUUGAAUCUUUUCAUUGAUUAUGAAAUAACUUUCACACUGAUUGCAAAAUUUCUCUGUCACAGCCGGCGAGCGUGAGUGAGCUUUUUGAAGACAGGCGUUAAUCUUAAAAAGCAAAUCAAUUUCAUUUCUCAAUCUUGCUCUUCUAAAAUGAAGAAAAGCAAUCCGAGGCUCUCGGAACCGUCACCCAAUCAAAACUAUCGAAAAAACAUACCGCCAUGUGCGAACGGAGCACCUUCAAUUUCGAAGAUCGUACUCCAUAACAUAUAAAGAUGCAGAACGAAAUCAUUGACCUGAAACUCCACAGUUCAUUCGACCCGCCGACAUCACUGCAAGAUAUUAGCUUGAAAAAUGUCCAAGGAGGCGAAAGCCGAUAAAAGUUUACCGGGCAUUUUAGAACGGUUGAAUGCGGGUGAAAUUUUGAUUGGUGAUGGAGGAUAUAUAACGGAAUUAGAACAAAGAGGGUAUGCUUGUGCUGGACCUUGGACAGCGGAGGUGACUGUAGAACAUCCAGAUGCAGUGGAGGGCCUCCACAAGGAAUUUGCCAGGGCCGGAUCGGAUGUUUUGCAAGCAUUAACAUAUGCAGCCAACGACAGAUUGGAAAAGUAUCAAGUCGGAGAAUUAGAAGAUGUCAAUGAGUCUGCUUGCAAUAUUGUAAAGAAGAUCGCAGGGAAAUACGAUUGCUUAUGGGCGGCUGGGGUCUCGCCCACAGAGCUUUACCAAGAUGGAUCUAGAUCUAAGAAAGAUGUACAAGAAAUCUUUAGACAGCAAGUGGAAAUUUUUGUGAAACAAAACCCCGAUUUCCUGAUUGCCGAGUUAUUUGGUUUUUGUGAAGAACUUGAAUGGGCUGUGGAAGUCCUUAAAGAGACAGGAAAACCAGUUCUAGCCAGUAUGUGUAUAACGUCAAAAUCAGACAAAAACGGGGUCCCAACUGAUGAGUGUGCUGUGCGUUUGGUGAAGGCAGGUGCUGAUAUCAUUGGAGUAAACUGCGAUAUUGAUCCUUCUGAAUCACUAAAAAGCGUGGCGAAGAUGAAAGAAGGUAUAGACAAGGCUGGUUUGAAGUCCCAUCUUUCUUUUCAGCCACUUGGAUAUCAUUGCCCGGAUGGUGGAAGCACUGGUUAUUCUUCUGUAGCCGAGUGGCCUUAUGCCUUAGAACCACGUCAGUUAACAAGGUGGGAUGUCCACAAAUUGACACGUAGAGCGUAUGAUAUUGGUGUGAGGUAUUUUGGUGGAUGUUGCGGGAUUAAGUCUUACCACAUUCGAGCCAUUUCUGAGGAGCUUGAGAAAGAACGUGGAAGAAAGGCAGAGAGCAGUCAGAAACACACGCCAUUUACUGGAAAAUAUUCUGUAACGGCUUCAGGGAUGUUGAGAAAAGAAGAAUAUUGGAUGAAAUUAAAACCUGCGUCUGGUCAACCUUAUUGCCCCGCCUUUGCUGAGCUAUUGAAAUAAACGACGCUGUGACUAAACGUUUAUAUAAACGUUGAAAAUAUCUUCUUUUUACAUGCAUGCAUUUUGUGUACA